CAGAUGCUCCAGAGUUGUCUGAAGAAGAGGCUGGAAGAGUCCAUUGGGGAUGCUUGAGUGCUUCUCCUUGACCUUCUCAACCAUCCCGUCCUCCAGGAAGCUGCAGAAAAGCUUGGCCUUGGGAUCCAGGUAGUUAGCAAGGAUGGCCUGGGCUUUCUGAAGACGGAAGUCAUUGUCAGCCGUGUCAUAGUCCUCGAUGUCCCUCCAUAGCUCAACCGCGGGGACAUGCUGCUCGAUACUCUUUAGGAACUGCUGAAAGAGGCGCUUGCCAAUAGGCUGUUCGGAGCAAAUGUUUUCAAAGUCUAAGUUAAGGGUGUCCCGUAGGGAUUCACAUUUGGAGAGAGGAGGCAGUUUGAGCUUUGAAAAGUACUUCUUGUCCCGAGAUAAAUGGGAGCUACCACUGGCGUCGAAACUGCCCCGAGCAGCGAUGAAGGCAGAAUUGGCCACAACCGUCUCCAGAGACCCAAAAUCCAUCCUGGAGGUUGUUCAGUCACUGGGUUCAGGCAUGAGAAGUCAUGAGUCAAAGCUGAAUUAUAAGAGUCCUGAGAACUGGUUUUCUGGGAUUGACCUGCUGCCCUUGGCCCCGGCACCUUUCUGCCCUCGCAGGCGCCACGGAGCUGUCCCGUUCAGUGCAAUGAGCAAGGAGGAACACAGAUCCGCUGGGUCCUGGGUAAUGUGCAAGCUCAGCACCAAUGCUAAUCCCCGGGAUCCUCGGAUACAGGUGGAGGUUGAAUUAGACGGAUGAACGAGGAACAGAAAAAGAUAAUCCCCCUGAGUCAUCACCUCCGGAGGCUCUAGCCGAUUACACGGUGUGGAUCAGCCUCUACUAUGUGGCUUUCUAUGUGGUGAUGACUGGACUGUUUGCCCUCGCCAUCUACACUUUAAUGUGGACCAUAGACCCAUACACACCAGACUACCAAGAUCAAUUAAAGUCACCAGGAGUGACAUUAAGACCAGAUGUGUAUGGUGAAAGAGGUCUCGAAAUCUUCUACAAUGUUUCUGAUAAUGCUUCCUGGAAAGAUCUUACCCAGACACUUCACAAGUUUUUGACAGCUUACUCUCCAGCUGCCCAAGAGGAAAACAUAAACUGCUCAUCUGGGCAGUACUUCAACCAGAUAGAAUUUCACGCUCCAAACCACACCAAGUUUUCCUGCAAGUUCACAGCAGAGAUGCUUCAAAAUUGCUCAGGUCUGACAGAUCCUAAUUUUGGAUUUGGAGAAGGAAAACCAUGUUUCAUCAUUAAAAUGAACAGGAUAGUCAAUUUUCGCCCGAGCAACAAUAAUACUGCUCCCAGGGUGGACUGCACGUAUCUAGAAGAAGAUCACAAAGACCUCAAGCCACUAGAAGUGGACUACUACCCAUCCAAUGGUACUUUUAGUCUACAUUACUUCCCUUAUUAUGGAAAAAAAGCACAGCCCCACUAUAGCAACCCAUUAGUCGCAGCCAAAUUCCUCAACAUACCCAAGAAUAAGGAAGUCAUCAUAGUGUGCAAAAUCAUUGCGGAGAAUGUGAGUUUCGACAACCCCCAUGACCCUUACGAAGGAAAAGUGGAGUUCAAACUUAAAAUUCAGAAGUGAGACAAGCACCGUUUGCACUCCGGGCGAAGACUCUUUCAAGAAGGCUGGCCAACAUUCAGAAAAUGACAAACUGCCGCAUGUUUUGUACUGAUUCGCACUUCUGUCCCAUAUGAAAUCGGCUUCAAUUCUUCCCCCUCCCCCUCCUCCAACGUCAAUGCUAAAGUCAACUUGAUCAUUUUUGAGAGGCAACUGGAUGAAAAGCAUUGGCAAUUUCCUAUGACAUCACUACUUCCACGGCUCCAUUAACUAGUCUUUCGGUAAAGAUUUACUCAUCUAUUAUAGCAACUCUUACAUGGAAACCAUUAAUGAAGGCCACUAUGAUUGACACUUAUCUUUGUAGUCACUUGCCUUACUAUAAUUCCACGUAUUUUUCUAUUGUUAACAAUUACCAGAUUAAUGCAAAGGCCAUUAAAUGUGUCAUAAAAUAAUGGCAUAAAAUAACAUGUUCUAUAUUCUUGUUUUUAGUCAUGAUGUGAAGCACUAAGAUAUAUAUCCAAGUUAUUCUUAUAGUAACUAAAAUAGUUUCCUUUAACUGGACAUUUACUAGUUUCAUUUGGAUUAUUUUCUGAUGUUAAAAAAAGGAACUGAUGUGAAAACUCAACUAUUUUGAUGUACUUAUUUCUUUUAAGUUUCCAUAAUAAGUGAUUUUUGGAGGAUAAUUAUAAAAUAUAAAGCACUAAAUAUUCAUUAUUUUCUUUUGUAAACCUGGCAUCUGAACUUACUAAGUGGGGGCAGCCAAGUGGCUCAGUGGAUAGAGACCUGGAGAUGGGAGGUCCCAAGUUCCAUUAAUACUUCCUAGCUGUGUGACCCUGGGCAAGUCACUUAACCCCAAUUAUUUAGCCCUUAGUGCUCUUCUGCCUUGAAACUGGUACUCAGUAUGGAUUAUAAGACAGAAGGUAGAAUCUUAAAAAAAAAAAAAGGUAGCCAACUAAGUAAAUAUUGCAUGGUUUGGCUUUAGUUGGGCUUUUUUUCUUAAGCAGUAAAGAAUGGGUCCCACAUAAUUAAUCUAGAACAUUGAAUUUGCAAAACCGAACACGUCCAGGGUCCAUCAUGACGUCAACGCUGGCACUCCAUCCUCUAUUGCUGGUUGUAACACUCUCCACACCUUGGCAGGCUAUCUCUGGGAGCUGCUGGGGGUUAAAUUGCGAUCAUACAAACCCUCUGGGGAGGAGUCUCGCUACCUAUUUAAGGGUUAGCCUUUGGAUGAUGGAUGCCCCAUCUGUCACUAGGCUCAGGCUCGAAGCUCAGUAUGGAACACCAGUGCUUAAAAAACUCUGCAGACAGCUUGUCUUCACAGGACCCAAGCUUUGGGCUCACUAGCCAUCACUGAGCCAACUAACCUACUCAUUUUACAGGUGAGUCCCAAAGAGAGGGAGGGGUGGAAUCAAGGUAAGAAUUCCGAGUGUUCUGGAGCAGAGGUAGCAGGCAAGUAGCGGCGACCCUCGAGGGAAGCCUGAACCAGAUUAAAAUGCAAUUGGAAAAUAUUUCAUAAAAUAAACAAAAUUUCAAUAAAGCAUGUAAAUAGGACAUUCCACAACUUGGGUACAAAUUGGUGGCCCCUCUUUCAAUUGGGAGUUUGAGGACACUUUUCCAGGAAUCUCCAAGUCCAGAGAUCUUUCCAUUAUGCUCCAUUCCUCACUUUGGGGUUGCUUUUGGAGUUACAAGGAUAUUUCCUUAGAACAAGCUUUGGUGUCUCACCAUCACUUGCACCCAUUUGUUGCUAGAGUUCUUGUCUUGAAUCAAACAAGUGUUAUUAAUACAUUUUGCAGAAGAGAGCCUUUCCAAUGCUUGAAGAUGGCUAUUAUGUCCACAGUUCCCCACUACUCCCACCACAAGCCUUUUCUUUUUCUUCUUCUUUUCCUCCUUCUUCAGGCAAAGCAUCUGGAGUCUGUAAACGGUCUAGGUGUAACACCACAGUUUGGCAGUGUACAGAAAGAUUAGAUCAUAGCCUAAGAUCACAGAGGAAAAAGGAAGCGCCUGAACUAGAAUUAUAAGCUAAGUUUCUUUUGUCUAGACCGUAGUCUCCUUCAGGAAAGAUCACCACUAUCUUGACUUAUUAUCAAGAACUUGGGGGGGGAGAUUUAAAGAAAUGAUAACCAGAAACUAACAGCUAAAAGGGAAUUCCAAAUUAUAUAGGAAGUGACACAUUAAAAACUAUUCAUUGGAAUUAAGAUUGAUCUAAAUGUUCAAAAUUCAACCCUACAUUCUGCUUUGAGGGUAACAUUUGUCAACUUUCCACAAAAAUUAUUUAGCAUUAAUAGUGCUGAUCCAUAAAAGACUUGACUAAUAUCUGAGCCUGUUUACUCAUCAAUAAAAUGGCAUAGGAAAAAAAAUUAUUUCUACGUCAAAUCCUUAGUCCAAUUUUAUAACUCACCAUACUGAAAAUGCAAUAAGGGACAACUAGGUAGUUCAGUGGACUGAAAACCAGACCCAGAGAUAGGAGCUCUGUACUUGGGGUUCCAAUUGGGUCUUAGACACUUCCUAGCUGUAUGAUCCUGGGUGAGUCACUUAACCCCCAUUGCCUAGCCUUUAUGCUCUUCUGCCUUGGAACUAAUAGAGAGUAUUGAUUCUAACGGAAGGUUUAGAAAAAGAAAAGAAAAUGCAAAGAGAUUUGAUUAUCCCUAAAAUUUAAAGACUAUACUUGGAAAUAUUCAAUAACUAACGUGUCUAAUUUCAAUGCAAUUGACUAUUUUGGUGGUAGACAGACAAUUCACAACUAUGCAGAAGUACAAUUUCCACGAUGCCCUUUUGUAAUCUCCAUUAAUACUAUUGAAAUAAUGCCCAAGAAAUACAGAGCUACACAAGACUGGACUGGGAAUGGCAGAAUAUCUAAGCAGUGUGUAUACAAGUCUAAAAUUGUAUUUCAAAACCAAAUGAAAACUCUUCUAUUCCUGUUUUGAAUUUUCUACUCCUCUUUUUCUCUCCAAAAGCACAAAUAAUUAAGAACUGGUUAAAUAUUAAUUGGCUAAAUAAGUAAGAAUUGGUUAAAUAACAGUAAUGUUUGCUAAUCAAUUGCUGAAAUGUAAAAUAAAAGGAAUCAGCUGGAUAUAAAGUACAUUUCUGAAUGGUUGACUCAACUAUGUAACUGUAUACAAAGAAGUUACUUUAAGAGCAGGAGGGGGCUUUUGAAGAUAGAAAGAAAGGCUAAGGUAUCAGAAGCAUGCUUCUAAUGUGGAUCACAAGAGAAUAUCUAAGUGGAUGAAUGAAUGUGAAGUUUGUUUGGUUAAUGAUUCCAGCUUCUUCGCCCAAACAUUGUUCUGGAGUUACUUAGUUGAAUAGAUUAACUGAUCUGAGCCGCAUCUUUCCCUAUUUAAUCCCUUAAAAUGGUUUAAAAAUAGAAGAUCUGUCAAAAGACAUAUAACAAAAAAUGUGAUAUACAUAUGAAAUAUUUAUCUUGAAUAAUCAAAAGUUGAUGACACAUUUAUUUACAUGGGUACUUUCUUUCCUUCUAAAUUCCACAACUUAUUUAUUAAAGCAUAUCAAAAUGAAGUAAAUGGCCCUAAUUUUCACUUUCUCCUCAACAUUCAUCAUUUUUUAAUGGCUAGACACCCUAAAAAAGAAAAAUCCAGUGUUAUGAUGCUAGUUAACUCAAUAUGAAUUCAUAACAAAUUAAUGGAAUAAAGAACAGGCUGUAUGGGUUUAUUCAUAUAAAUCAAUAAAAGUAUGUCAAACCUUUUUGCAUUACCUAUCAUUAUCAGAGAUGAAAAGCUGUCCCGAUUAUUAGGGCACUGUUAAAGUUAUCGUCUACCAGAAAAUAAAGCCAUCUUAUAUGUUAUGUACUUUACUGUCUAUCUCCUUUGGUCUUCCAAAAAUUAGUCAGGAGAACACUGCUUGUUCUCACUCCCCCA